GAACUCCAACCCCCGCGCUCUCUAUCAGCAUCUCAUUCCUGUCUCAAUAUGUCUCAAGAUGGCGGCCAAUGCAGGAUCGAUGUUUCAAUAUUGGAAGCGCUUUGACUUACAACAACUACAGAAAGAACUAGACGCCACCGCCACACAGCUUGCCAACAGACAGGAUGAGAGUGAACAGUCCAGGAAGAAACUAAUCGACCUGAGCCGCGAGUUCAAGAAGAGCACACCAGAGGAUUUCAGGAAACAGGUUGCCCCCUUGCUCAAGAGCUUCCAAGGAGAGAUCGAUGCCUUGAGUAAGAGAAGUAAAGAAGCAGAGGCCGCCUUCUUGAACGUGUACAAGAAAAUAAUCGAUGUCCCAGAUCCUGUACCUGUGUUGGAGCUGGCUCAGCAGCUGCAGCUGAAGCUCCAGAGGAUGCACGACAUUGAGACAGAGAACACCAAACUUCGCGAGACACUGGAGGACUACAACAAAGAGUUUGCAGAGGUCAAAAACCAAGAGGUGACCAUUAAGGCCUUGAAGGAAAAGAUCAGAGAGUACGAGCAGUCUCUGAAGAAUCAAGCUGAGGACCUGGCCCAAGAGAAGCAGCUCCAGCUACACAACAACUAUGCAGAGAAGGAGAGGAAACUCCAGGAGAGCCAGGACUCCAUGUCCUCAAGGUUGGAAGAGGCCGAACACAAGGCCCAGUCCCUACAGACAGCACUUGAAACAACUCAGGCCGAACUCUUUGAUUUGAAGACCAAGUAUGACGAGGAAUCCACAGCAAAGGCCGAUGAAAUUGAGAUGGUGAUGACCGACCUGGAAAGAGCCAAUCAGCGAGCAGAAGCCGCUCAGAGGGAGACGGAGACGCUCAGGGAGCAGCUGUCCUCGGGUAACCAUUCCCAGCAGCACGGCAGCACGGCUGAGACCGACACGGAACAGCAGACGGAGGUGGCAUUGCACUCAAGCCUGGAGGCGGAGCUCAGGGCCAAAGAGAGGGAGACCGCCCAGCUGGUGGAGGACGUCCAGAGACUGCAGGCCAGCCUGACCAAACUCAGAGAGACUACCAGCUCCCAGAUCACACAGCUGGAGCAGCUGCUCAGCAACAAGACUCUCGUUCUCAAGGAACUGGAGGAGAAACUGCAGAAGCAAACUGACUAUGAGGAGGUGAAGAAGGAGUUGAGCAUCCUCAAGUCUAUGGAGUUUGGAACAUCGGACUCUGUGCAGGACCCAACCAAACCUCUGGAGGUGCUGUUGCUGGAGAGGAACCGCAGUCUUCAAUCUGAGAGUGCCGCUCUGCGCAUUGCCAACACUGAGCUGAGUGGGUCAGCCAGGCGGAAACGGACAGAACAGUCCACACCGAAGGAGGAGACCAUGCCCAGCGACUCCUCUUCCUCGCCCCCUCCUCCCCCUCCCUCUCUUCCUUCCUCCUCCCAGCUCCCCAUAUCUCGCACUCAUACGGACCCCCUCAACACUGCCACCACAACCACCACCAGCGGCGAAACGCACCCUUUCAGUCCUACGGGCAUUGGACAGGACUUCUACUCGCCUGUGUUCCCUCUGGUGGGUGGUAAGAUGGCUUUGAACUCCCUGAUCCAGCGGCAGCUGCUUCAAACCUUCUACUCCAAAGCCUUGCAGGAGUCAUCUGGAAUCCCCAGUGGGGCUCUGCUGUUCACCCCCUUCACUCCAACCCUUAGCUCCAUCCCUACCUCCACUCCUGGCUCUGGGUCAGCUGCCAUCCCUCUGGCAGCCAGCAGCCCCCAGCCUCCUCCAGCCAGCCCAGACAUGGCUCCUUUUAAUGGGAGCAGCACCGCUGGCAGUGCCCCAUCCCCAUCGCCCAGCCACUCUGAUGCUACCACGGGAAGUAUUUUGGACGGGGAAGACAUGGACACGGCAGAGAUUGCUCGACAGGUGAAAGAGCAGCUGAUAAAGCACAACAUUGGCCAGCGUGUGUUUGGCCACUAUGUGCUGGGACUGUCCCAGGGUUCGGUCAGUGAGAUCCUGGCCAGACCAAAGCCGUGGAACAAGCUAACGAUUCGGGGGAAGGAGCCUUUCCACAAGAUGAGGCAGUUCCUCGCUGAUGAGCAGAACAUCCUCGCACUGCGCAGCAUCCAGGGACGGCAAAGAGAGGGCUCAGGCCAGCCCCAGCUUAGCCGAGUGUUUCGGGAUGUUCCAAAGCGAAGAGCCCUCUCCAAUACAGCUUCACACACAGGUAGAUUACUGCCCGGGUCCGCACCCCAGAGGCUGGUUCAGAUGAGGCUAUCAAGUCCAUUCUGGAGCAGGCCAAAAGAGAGCUGCAGGUGCAGAAAGCUGACUUGUCCCACGCUCAACCCUCAUAUACAGGACUGAAAGGAGGGGGUGGAGGCGGAGGGGGCGGCGGAUCAGAUGAGGCUAUCCGCUCCAUCCUAGAGCAAGCGCGCAGAGAGAUGGAGGCCCAACAGACUGCACUGGAGCCCAUCCU